AUGUUCAAGCCUACAGUCGCACGAAAUGCCAUCAGGGCUCUAAACACCACUCGCCUUGCAUUCGCAGCGGCCGCUCGCCCAGCUACAGGUUUUACCCGACCACUCUCAUACACUGCCUCGCUCAGCAAGAAAAAGAGCGAUGGCUCUUCUAAGGACCCUAUAGUUACUGCUACAACCAAGGCACCCGAGGGCGCCUCUGGUGAGCACGAAGGCCAAUUCGCUCGCACUGAUCAAAGUGUUCAUAUCGAAUAUCCUCCCGACCACGAGAUGCCCGCUCAGCCCGUGGCCCAGGGUCGUGGUGGCAUGCAUUUCAAGCGUACUUUGGCCCAAUUCUCGCUCGAGAGGAAGGUCAGCAUAGUAACCGGAGGUGCUCGUGGAUUGGGUCUCGUUAUGGGACAAGGUCUUGUCGCAUCUGGCUCUGAUUUGGCCAUCAUUGAUCUCAACAAGGACGAAGCCGAGUCUGCAGCUGCCUCGUUGAUCGAACAAUUCCGCAAAGAGAACCCCGGCCUGGAGGACAUGCCCAAUGUCACAGCCCACUAUGCCGAUGUCGCCAACCCCGAAUCCGUGAAUAAGGCGAUGGCCGAAGUCCUGGGUAAGCAUGGCCAGAUCGAUAACCUGGUCACCUCGGCUGGCUUUACCGAGAACUUCGAUGCCAUCAAUUAUCCUUUCGAUCGUAUGCAGAAGCUGUGGGGCGUCAACGUUGACGGAACCUAUCUCUUUGCCACGAGCGUGGCCAAGCACCUGAUGGAGCGCAAGGCUCCCGGUAGCAUCGUUAUGAUCGGUUCCAUGUCUGGCGCUAUUGUCAACGUGCCCCAGCCCCAGGCUCCGUAUAACGCUGCUAAAGCAGCUGUCCGUCACCUCGCAGCUUCGCUCGCCGUCGAGUGGGCUGGUCAUGAUAUCCGUGUCAACUGCAUUAGCCCCGGCUACAUGCUUACCGCGCUAACCCGCAAGAUCCUUGACGAGAACCCCCAACUCCGCGAUCAGUGGACCUCCCUCAUCCCUGCCGGCAAGAUGGGCACACCAGAAGAUCUCAUGGGCGCCGUGACCUUCCUACUCAGCGACGCUUCCAAGUACAUCACGGGAGCGGAUCUCCGCGUUGAUGGUGGCUAUACCGUGACCUAA